AUGUCUCCGCUUGCCGAUAUCUACGUCGUCAUCUACCAAAAUAACGGUCUAUAUAACCACUGGAGCCUCUUCAUCGACGGUCCCACGGAAGAGGAGAAAUUGCUUCUCCACAUCGAGGGACGUCCCCAGCACUUCAGGUUCGAAUCUAAAUAUUCGAAUGCGCACAAGUCGGCAAAAGUCUUGGAGAUGAUCAAGAUGUGUCGGGUGGCUGUCUCUAAGACAGCUGAAAUUGAGAAGAUUGCCGAAGAACAGGAGGUUAAGAAUCAAUACGCCGGCUAUAACUGCCAGGAUUAUAAUAUCGAGCUUCUCGAUCGAUUGGAAGAAUGCGGGCUCAUUGAUAGAACCGACCCGGACUAUAAGGAGAAAAAGGAACUGGUCAAGAGUAAACAGAAAGGAUUAUUCUAG